AUUUCUCCAGACAACCAAUUACAAGCAAGGACCCACUCCUCAAAUGGCUACUAUUGGUGGAAAUAAAACCGCAGCGAACACGGCGAGUGUGCAGGCUCAUUGCGCGAUCGUCUCUGGGCCGCGAGAGCUUGGCUGCGUCGUUACUUCUUCGUCCAAGUAUGACGCUAACUACAGCGCCCCCCGCAGUCGCUGCACCCGUGACGCCCGUCAAAGUGGCACCCUCCAGCGCCAGUAGCGCCACAUCGGCGCCUAGCAGCCCUAUGAGCAGUACUAGCAGCGCCGCGGACAUGAGCCAGCAAGUGCAGGCAGCGCUGAACCGUCUGCUUGGUGUGAGCUCCGCGUUCAAGGACUUACAGCCAGGUAAGGACACGCAGGUGUCCACACGGGAAGAGACCAUUGCCAUGAUGCAGCAUUACCUCAAGCGGUUGCACCUGGACGACGUCGUGGACAGUAGCUCCCCAAGAGCGCUCUCUGUGGUGCAUGUGGCAGGUACCAAGGGCAAGGGGUCUACCUGUGCCAUGGUGGAGCGUAUCCUACGCCAAGCAGGCUAUAAGACUGGCCUCUUCACUUCGCCCCAUCUCGUUUCUCCCUGUGAGCGUUUCCGCAUUAACGGAAAACCCAUUGCAGACGAAGUGUUCUUGAGGCAUUUUAACGCUGUGUGGGACGGAUUGGAGCACACACAGGACCAGAGUGGGCCGUACCCACCAAUGGCCUGGUUCUUCCGCUUCCUCACACUCAUGGCGUUGCAUCUCUUCGCUGACGAGCAAGUGGACGUUGUCGUGUUGGAGGUCGGUCUUGGAGGACGACUAGAUGCAACGAAUGUGUUCCGCAAGCCUGUGGUGUGUGGUAUUACGACGCUUGAUCUGGACCACACGCGCGUGCUGGGCGAGACGCUGGAUCUGAUUGCCUACGCCAAGGCAGGCAUUUUUAAGCCUGGUGUGGCGGCCUUCACCACUGCGCAGGAACCGAUGGCGAUGCAGAUGCUGGAAAAAUGUGCCGCUGAGACUGCCACGCCGUUAGUACGUGUGCCAACGCUGGAUGGAUUCGGACCGGACGGAGCGAACUGCAAACUGGGUCUGCACGGAGACUAUCAACGCACGAACGCAGGCCUUGCCGUGGCGUUAGCUUCAACGUGGCUUCGUAACAAGCGUGGUGAGGACGCUGCCGACCAGCUGGACAUCGCUAAUGCACUUGAACCAGAUGUGAAAGAAGGACUGAAACACGCUUUCUGGCCGGGCCGAGCACAGCUAUGGGAGGAUGAAGCACAUAAGAUGCGUUUCUACAUUGACGGUGCACACACAUUGCGCAGUCUCGAAUGCUGUGCGGACUGGUUCCGCCAGGCUGCGGUACGAACAACACCGGCCGACAAGCGUGUGCUUAUAUUUACUAUCCAUCACGAGCGCAAUGUGGCGCAGCUGUUCGAGCCGCUGCUGAAUCAGCACUUUGACCGUGUUUACUUUUGCCCGACAAGCUCUUCGCGUCCCAGUCUGGCCAAGGUACACACAUUCUCGGAGGCUCUCGAGAUCGCCGGUUUCCAGCGCGUGAUGGCAACAUACUCACCCGACGAACUGGCGGUUCUGGAUGAUGUGAAUAACGAGUCCCACCCGUGGCAAACUACGCUUUCCCGUAUUUGGACCGGACUGAAGACUCAUGUGGUCAAGGAGGAUCAGAGCAAGUGCGUCGUUGCGGUGAAGGACUCGGUCGUGGACUGCAUCAAUGAACUGCGCGCGCUGUCUGAGGAAUCUGAUGCCUCGCUUGUCGAGGGAGAGGCCUCAGAGAACGAGGAGCAGUGGGACGAGAACUGGAGUGUCCUAGUGACGGGAUCAUUGUACCUCGGUGGCGAGGCGCUAGAUUUCUUGGGCUGGCAGGAGUAAGGUAUUGGAACGAGCAAAGGGGCGCUAAGAGGAACUCCGUGGAACUCUCGGUGAUACAUCCACUCAGAGUUUCCAUGCAGUCUUCCUGGUAGUAAAGCGCAGCAAGUAAGACGAUCGUGUUGAGUCAUAAUAAAUUCAUGAGCAGCGUCAUUUGGUGACUGAAGUAUUUCAGUGUCACAGUACGCGUUAUCGACACAUAUCUUUUUCAAAG